ACCCUCUAGUGUUGAUAAAGAUGAUGACGUCGCUGUUUAGAGUUUCCAUAAGCAUGUUUACCCUACAGGACCAGUGCCAGUGUUUGUGUCAUUUGUAGGGACAAAAUUUGGGAGCAAUGCCCUCGAGCAAGGCGUGUCAUUAAACUGUGCUCUGUCAUACCUCAGAAUGUAUUCAAAACAGAUUUUUACACCUCUGUGGCGCCAACUCUGCCUGCACAGAAGUCACAGAGCAGCAGCCAUACUUCCACAAGUUACAUCAUCUCAGUGCUCGUUCUCUACAACCACAGACACUUCUUCCCAUGACAGCAAAUAUCCAAAUGAAUUGUUAGGUGAUUCCCAAACCAAGAGAGCCAGCUUCAGUAUAACAGCAAGGAAGUCAUCAUGGGAUCUGACACCCCAUAUUAAGGACAGUACAAUUGAAGACCUGGAACUAAUGUUCACUAAGGUAUUGUUCUCACAUGAAAUGUCACAAGUUUUAGCUCGACUCAACGAACUCAGAAGACAGGGCUGUGUUCAAGUGGAAUCUCUGGGCUCGGGAAACUUCAGUCUGUUUGAAGAUCGACUCCUAAAUGGGAUUCCGUAUUUAAGUAUUACAGACACUGUCAGCUGUCUACUUCCUCUCAUAGAAAUGUAUGAGACUGAUACUGCUGUGAUAGAAGCACUGGGACAGAAGGUUCUUGAGAGUAUACAGAUAUGUCCUCUCUCGUCUCUCAUCAAACUUGUGUCACAUCUUCAGAAUCAUCAGCAGAGCCCGCUUCGUACGAAGAUCAUCCAGCACGCCUCGACCAGACUCGGCGAGCAGUGGGAGGACAUUACAAAGCCGUCUCUCCUCCUGUCGUUGAUGUAUGCUGGGUACUCUGUCAAGGCAACCGAUGACCUGGCUCUAACACUUGUGCAAAACAUGAGUGCAAAACACCUCAGUCGGGUCCUCUUUGUUUUGGCAAAGAAACAACGACGAAAUGAGCCCUUGAUUCGAGCUGUAGUGAAACAUUUGAAUAAACAGACACAAGAUAUGAAUACAUUGAGUCUUAAAGACUUUGCCAAACUUUUCUAUGCUUGUAGCCGGCUGAAUGUUUAUGACACUGAGUUGUUAAGGAGUAUUACUGACAACACGACCAGUAAUCUACAGCCAGACCCCUUCACUUUGUUGUCAAUCUUGCGGUCACUGUCCGAGCUUCAGUGGAAAGAUGAGACACUCCUAGAGGGACUCACUGGACUCUUGGAGAAAGGGCUGGGGGAACUGUCUGCAAUGGACAAAGCGAAGGUAGUCAUAUCUAUUGCCAGACUGAACUAUGUCAGUCCGCAGACGGACAGCUUGGUGAAGGUCAUCUUGUCAUCUGACCUUGCGUCUGUUCGAGAUGAAGAUCCCGCACAGUGGCUUGACCUUGUCUGGUCUCUAGCGAUCCUCAACAAGGCUGAUAGUGCCAUGAUUGUCACCGUCCUUGACUCAAGCUUCAUGGAGUAUUUUCCAGUGGAAGACACAUACCGCAAGUGGUGGACUGACAUGAAACUGAUGAACAUCAACACAACGGCUCAGCUUGAGCUACCUGGCUAUGACGGUCCUCUGCUGCCUGCUCAAGAUCAGCCCAAGACCACAGAGUUUAUGAAGAAAAACAGAUCAAGUGCCAAACUAAUUGAAAAGGCGCUCUCAACAAUGGUUCCUUUGGAGAAAUAUGUUAAGUCCAAUAUUUUCAGCAGCUCCGGAUAUCACAUAGAUGCUGAAUUGUUUGUCGACAAAAGUGGAACCCCAAAGCCGUACGACACGUCAGUUGAUGACCCAGAACUUCAUAGGGUGUGUAUCCUAGUACAGGACUACCUAGACAUGACACUUCACGACAUCGCCCCCACGGGGGCUCCAGGCUAUGAAGGCACGGCACCUGUCUCUCCUCGGCUACAAGGUGGUGCAGGUUUCCUACACGGACCUGGCAGACAAGAACACAGUGGUGAAGACUGUACAGUACCUGCAGUCGAGGCUCAAGGAGGCAGUGGGCGCAUCAUAGAGAUAUAGACAGUCUGAGGGAUGUACAGUACCUGCAGUCGAGGCUCAAGGAGGCAGUGGGCGCAACAUAGAGAUACAGACAGUCUGAGGGAUGGACAGCAUUGGUCAAUAUAAGUUGAGAUGUCAUGCUGAAGGAAUAUGACAUAAUCCAUUGGUUCUCAGUCCUGAAUGGUUGACCUAUUUUGUUAUAGUGGAAGAGUCCAAGCCAUGGUCUCAUCAUGGUCUUAUAACGAAAAAAUUACUGACAUAAGGUACCACUGAUAGGGUCUUAGGUCUAUAUAAAAGGCUCCAUUUAUAUCAUGUUGAGAACCCAUCAGUGACCGUAUGUAUCUUGAUGCCAGUUUUUUGCAUUACAAACCCAUCUCGCUCACCCUACUGAAAGAAAAGUGAGCCUUUGUCAUGGCCUGUUUGUCUGUCAUAAACAUCCUUCAGAAACCGCUGGAUCAGUGAAGCUGAAACUAUUGGCAUGUAAAUUUCUUUGACACCAACAAACUGAGGAAGCAGUAUUCUGGCAUGGUUCUCCUUUUGAUUCCCGCAUGUUUUGUUCAA